AUGUCAAGGAUGUAUGUGAUCCAGCAAGAGCAGUCGCAUGACGCGCCUCCUGCAGCAUCGCUCGUGGCGCUGCUCAUGUUCACGCAGACGUCGACGACGAUUCACAUGACGACGCCACUCUUUUCGGCCGACGACGGCCUCGUCGCGCUCCACGACGUUAUGAACACGCUGCUCAACCAUACGCAGGCGGUCCACGCCUACUGUGUUGAUGCAGUGGCCUCGCCCCGUGACGCGGAGCAGUACCAGCUGGGUGCUGUUGCCGCCUUGGCGCUCACCAGUUUCGCUAUCGGAGUCCGUGGCUACAAGCUGCCCCGUGCCAUCAUCUUUGCUGCGAUCAGUAGCAUGGCCUAUGUGCUGUGCCCGCCAGCGCUCUUGACGAUGCCGCACGCGCAUGAGCUCCGCUUUGCCUUCGGCGCCGCCAUGGGCUUGCUUUUCGCCUACCUUCAGUCGGUCGGUCUCUUUUGCCUCUGGUCCACGUACGUGUUUUACGCUGCCAACGCGCUGUUGCCGUCGCAUUGGAUGUCACCGAUGGUGCGCGACGGCGUGACGCUCUACAUGGCAGUCACGGUCGGCGCGGCGCUGGCCAAGUUUGCCCGGGGCCCCGACAACGGCGUGAUUUUGAUCCUCCAGACCGCGCCCGCUGGCGCUUGGCUCACGCGGUACGUCGCGACACUCUUCUUCCCGACGAUCCCCGCUCUUCGGUGGACCCUCGUGCCACUUAUGUACGUGUACGGCUACCUCCAAAUGAAGCACUUUGACAAGCACGCGGCCGCUGUGGCGAAGAAGCCCCAUGCCGACUAG